AGGGUCUCCUAAUCUGCCCAGGCUGGUCUUGAACUCCUGGCUUCAAACCGUCCUCCCACCUCAGCCUCCCAAAGUGCCGGGACUACAGGCAUGAGCCACCGUGCCCAGCCUCUUCUUAGUUUUAGAAGAGUGUUAUAUAGCUUCCCAGUCUGUGCAUAGACCCCAUGGAAUCAUAAUCUCCAGGGGAGGAAUUGGGGAAUCUAUUUGAAACACAAACGCUGUCCACUGAGUCUCAGGAUCUGAUGAGUUCCGAAACAUUAGUGAGGGUUAAGCAGCCACAAUUAACACUUUGGAGUGCCAUGUGGAAGCUGCCAUGAGAUGAUGGAUGUGAAAGUUAAGGGACAUUGACUACCCUUGCACCCAUUCAUUCAGCAUUCACUGCAUGCUCCACCCUGUUAGGUGCUGGGGCCACCGACAGAAUAAAGGAGACUCAGGCUGCCCUUAAAGGCUCCCCUAGCUGGCUCCUCAUCCUUAGCUCCUCAACUGCAAAAUUAGAUGGGUGGGGCGAUGCCCAACGGAAUUGCUCCUUAGGCUGCUGAGAGGCUACAGGGGUGGGCAGCGAAGCUGUCUGUCUUGUGGGCUCUGGCCCUGUGAGGUCUAGCAGUACAGGGUCCCCGCAAGCUGCCUAACCUCACAGGGCCCAACACUGACUCCUACCCAGUUCACCUCCUCUGAGGGCUAGAUGUCAGGCGUCUCCCUAUGAAGUGGAUACUAUUAUUCCCAUUUUACAGAUUAGAAAACAAAGUCUCAGCGGAGAGAGAGGUCACACUUCACCCCAUCCCCGAAAGGCGUCCAGGACCUGGUCCCCUACCUCCCGCUGCGGCAGAGGCGGCCAGAUAUCUCGCAAGACCCGCGUAGCGAGUCGGACUCCGGGGGACUCGGGGUCUCUCUCUGCCGGGCCCAGGAGGAGGUUCCUGAGCAGUCGGAGCCGCAGCUGCCUCCCGGAGCCCGAGCCCCUCCCUCCGGGUCCGGCCUAGCCCGCCUGACCCACACUCUGAUCACCUCCACAGCCCGCCGACCUGAGAACUACUACGUCCAUGAGCCUUCGCGGCGCCGUGCUUUAGGGGACGCUCCCCAGUGCCCCCCGCGACCGCCAGAGAGAACUACGUUGCCCCUCAGCCCGUGAGGCGCGAGUGGUGGAAACCCUCUCCAUCAUUCUCCGUCCUCGAGACACCACCCCCUCCAUGACGUCUUCAGCCGCGCGCCCGACGUCGGCGGAGACGGCCAUAGACACUGGCGACUAGAGGGGCCCGGACUUGCCCUCCCAGCCCUAACUUCCGCCGGAAGUGCCUUCCAGCCGCAAGCGCCCUUCUGCUGCGCGCUCGGGCUCCUGGUGCCCGUUCCCCGGUUCCCGGGGCGCAAGUAUGACUACAAUGGCGGCCGCCACCCUGCUGCGCGCGACGCCCCACUUCAGCGGUCUCGCCGCCGGCCGGACCUUCCUGCUGCAGGGUCUGUUGCGGCCGCUGAAAGCCCCGGCAUUGACUCUCUUGUGCCGCGGCCUGGCGGUGGAGGCCAAGAAGACUUACGUGCGCGACAAGCCACAUGUGAAUGUGGGUACCAUCGGCCAUGUGGACCACGGCAAGACCACGCUGACUGCAGCCAUCACGAAGAUUCUAGCUGAGGGAGGUGGGGCUAAGUUCAAGAAGUACGAGGAGAUUGACAAUGCCCCGGAGGAGCGAGCUCGGGGUAUCACCAUCAAUGCGGCUCAUGUGGAGUAUAGCACUGCCGCCCGCCACUACGCCCACACAGACUGUCCGGGUCAUGCAGAUUAUGUUAAGAAUAUGAUCACAGGCACUGCACCCCUCGACGGCUGCAUCCUGGUGGUAGCAGCCAAUGACGGCCCCAUGCCCCAGACCCGAGAGCACUUAUUACUGGCCAGACAGGUUGGGGUGGAGCAUGUGGUGGUGUAUGUGAACAAGGCUGACGCUGUCCAGGACUCUGAGAUGGUGGAGCUGGUGGAGCUGGAGAUCCGGGAGCUGCUCACUGAGUUUGGCUAUAAAGGGGAGGAGACCCCAGUCAUCGUAGGCUCUGCUCUCUGUGCCCUUGAGGGUCGGGACCCUGAGUUAGGCCUGAAGUCUGUGCAGAAGCUACUGGAUGCUGUGGACACUUACAUCCCAGUGCCUGCCCGGGACCUGGAGAAGCCUUUCCUGCUGCCUGUAGAGGCAGUGUACUCUGUCCCUGGCCGUGGCACCGUGGUGACAGGUACACUAGAGCGUGGCAUUUUAAAGAAGGGAGACGAGUGUGAGCUCCUAGGACAUAGCAAGAACAUCCGCACUGUGGUGACAGGCAUUGAGAUGUUCCACAAGAGCCUGGAGAGGGCCGAGGCCGGAGAUAACCUCGGGGCCCUGGUCCGAGGCUUGAAGCGGGAGGACUUGCGGCGGGGCCUGGUCAUGGUCAAGCCGGGUUCCAUCAAGCCCCACCAGAAGGUGGAGGCCCAGGUUUACAUCCUCAGCAAGGAGGAAGGUGGCCGCCACAAGCCCUUUGUGUCCCACUUCAUGCCUGUCAUGUUCUCCCUGACUUGGGACAUGGCCUGUCGGAUUAUCCUGCCCCCAGAGAAGGAGCUUGCCAUGCCCGGGGAGGACCUGAAGUUCAACCUAAUCUUGCGGCAGCCAAUGAUCUUAGAGAAAGGCCAGCGUUUCACCCUGCGAGAUGGCAACCGGACUAUUGGUACCGGUCUAGUCACCGACACACUGGCCAUGACUGAGGAGGAGAAAAACAUCAAGUGGGGUUGAGUGUGCAGACCUCUGCCCAGCUUCCCUUGCGUUUAAGGCCUGCCCUAGCCAGGGCUCCCUCCUGCUUCCAGUGCCCCCUCAUGGCAUAGGCUGCAACCCAGCAGAGGGCAGUUAGAUGGACAUUUCCCCUGCUCGGAAGGGUUGGCCUGCCUGGCUGGGGAGGUCAGUAAACUUUGAAUAGUAAGCCA